GAGAAGAAUGAGGAUAGUGGGACUGACGGGUGGGAUUUCGUCUGGGAAGAGUACUGUCUCAAAUCUCUUCAAGGCCCAUGACAUUCCUGUUGUCGACGCUGACCUUGUGGCUCGGGAUGUAUUGAAGAAGGGAACUGGUGGAUGGAAAAAGGUUAUUCCAGCAUUUGGACAGGACAUUCUGCAACCUGAUGGAGAAGUUGAUAGGCCUAAACUAGGCCAAAUUGUAUUCUCUAAUCCUGAAAAGAGUCAACUUUUGAACCGACUAUUGGCUCCUUACAUAUCAUCUGGAAUCUUUUGGGAAAUUUCUAAGCUAUGGCUGAAGGGGUUUAAAGUUAUUGUUCUUGAUGUCCCUCUGUUAUUCGAGGCCAAGAUGGACAGAUGGACAAAGCCCAUUAUCGUUGUAUGGGUCAAUCCUGAAACACAACUCAAGAGACUCAUGUUGAGGGACAGCACAAGUGAGGAUGAUGCUCUAAACCGAAUAAACGCUCAGAUGUCACUUGAUUUAAAGAGGGAUAAGGCUGACAUAGUGAUUGAUAACACUGGAUCACGAGAGGAUUUAGAGGAGAAGUUUAGGAGUGUGCUAUUUGAGGUCAAAAAGCCCUUGACAUGGACAGAAUUUUGGCUUUCUCGACAAGGUGCUUCAUCUGCUCUUGUCUCCAUUAUCAUAGGUGUUCUUAUGUUCAGAAAAGUUUAUAACAGUAGCAAUAAAUUAUAG